CGCGAGCGCAAAAAGAAGGCAGAAGAAGAGUCAUAGCAGUGUAUAGCAUCCUCCAUCAUGCCGAAGGUGGUCUCCUUCAGAAACAAGUGCGAACGGACAGAAUCAGAUUUCCCUUUCAUUCGCGUCUUCAUCUGUCUGUGUGCUUGGCUGGCAUACGCAGGGUGUUCACGAAUGCGAAUCGCAACCUGCGUGACGACAAGUUCCACGUAUUCCACUGUAAGCCAUGGCAAGCCUUCACACAGCCGGAACACAACACACGCAGUGAUCUGUGUGGUGUGGAUGUCUGUGUGUGUCCGCUUCGUCCGUUCAGGCAAGAAGUGCAACAAUCACGUGCUCAUCACAGGUACUCGACAAGCACCUGACGGAUGCGUGCGAUGGCGGGGUGACAAAUGUCGCAUGUGGUGGUCGCCUUCACGAUGUGUAUGCAGACAUGGAGCUGACAGACAUCCCUCGUCGGCGGACGGACAACGCCAUAGUCUUCGACACCGAGGCGAGCGUCGUCAAGCUCAACACCAACGCAAAAGACGAGCCGGUCGUCAUCAAAAGGUACCCCUUGAACCACCGACAGACUCCAAAACAACCCACAGCCAUUCGCAGAUCUGUGCUCUGUUGUCUUGGUGUGGGCCACCAUGGCGUCUGUCUUUGGUUUGCAGGGAGAAGGGCGUCGAGCGUCAGUGGCACCACUUUUGCCCCGAGUGCGGUCAGCUGGUGGCCUACCAGAGCUGCCAGCUCAACGACAACCCCAGAUACUUCUACCUUGUGGACAAUAACAUCGUGUGGCCGAGGUUCAGAAAGGUACGCACAGUACGCUCACACAUACGGCCGACCAAAGCACGGCCCGCACGAGUCAUUCUAUUCUGUGUGUGUCGUUCCUUCCUCUCAGAGGACUCCGUGGGUGUGCAAGGUGUGCGGGUACGUCAAACGGAUCGGUGACACUACGCAGCGCAGCCAUUGACUCAUUGCUCGCUGUGACGUGACUUGUGUGUGUCUGUCGCCUCCCUCUCUCGCCAGGUAUGUGUGUCGUGACUCGACCCACCUUGAGCAGCACAAGAAGAGCCGGGGCCACGAGAACCAGGAGGAGGGCAGGCAGGACGACCCGGACGCGCCUAUCGCUCCAAGUAAGUAACCGACACUGCCGACAGCUGUCUGUGUGUGUCAUGCCCCUGACUCUCCCUCCCUCCCUCCCUCCCUCCCUCCCGCGCUGCUGUUUCUCUGUGUGUGUGUGUUGCGCGCAGUUAUUGUUGGCUGAGGGCAGACGUUGCUGCAGCGAGCGAGGUGGUGUGUUGGUGUUGGGCUAGGGGAAUGGGUACGCUCUAAAGUGGUGUAAAGAUCUCUCUCUCUCUCUCUCUCUCUCAAGAUCUCUCUCUCUCUCUCCUGUGGCUGGGCUGACACAGCGCUCUUUCUCGUGCCUUGUCGUGUACAGAACAGACAGACAGCCCUUUGCCUUUUCAUUUCGCGCCCGUGUGUGUGUGAACCUGCAUCCCCAUGUCAGUCACUGUAGAGCUGUCCUUGGGUGUGUGUGUGUGUGCAUGUCACGUUCUGACUCGACCAUCCAUCUCUACGACGCUUUUAUACAAACCUGUGGUCGAUAAAUGUGAAGACUCACUGUGGACACGCACACUACAAACUGAGCGGUCGAGUUGAUCCGCCUCGUUUUUAGCUGGUGCGGCGAUAGCGCCCUGACGAGAACAAUCGAUUGAAUGCAGGGAUGGUGGGGCCAUAGCAGCUCGCUGGAACCAAUGACUGACACAGACAAGCAAGGAGACACAGAUGCACAGUGUCACUGGGUGCAUGUGAAGCGUCUUUGGCUGCCUUACAACGUCAGGUCAUCAGCUUGAUUC